AUGACAUUAAGUGCAAUGGAAGAUUCCAAAUCUACUCAGAAGAGGUUUGAAGCAGCAGUCAAAGUGAUUAGAAGUUUACCUGAAGAUGGCUCUUAUGACCUGUCUGAUGAUAUACUGGUUUUGUUCUACAGUUACUACAAACAGGCUACAGAAGGACCAUGUAACACCCUAAAACCAAACUCUUGGGAUCCCAUUGGUAAAGCUAAAUGGGAGGCAUGGAAAGACUUGGGAAACAUGUCAAAGGAUCAAGCCAUGACACAAUACGUUCAGGAAAUACAACUGAUAAUAGAAACCCUUCCGGUCACAGAUAGGAUGGCAGAAUUAUUGGAUGCUCUCGACCCAUUUUACGAGAUUGUGGAAGAUGAUGAUGAUGAUGAUGAUGAUGGAGUCAGUAAAGCAGCACCAUUAUUCACAGGAAGCAUUAAUGCUGAAAAAGAUGCUGAGAGAGAUGAAGAAGGGGAAAGUGAAAGUAAGGAGGGAAAUCUAGAAAAUUACAUGGAGUUGGUGGAAAAAGGUAAAGACUUGAGCUCCAUUACUGGAGAGAACAGUAGUUUGCCGGUGUUUAAUAGAAGUGAGGAGAACAGCAUCUCCUCUUUGACUGGCACUCACAGCUCUCUGAACACUGCGGACGAUGAGGAGGAACUGGUUUAUGAUGGCUCAGAAGACGAGAUGGACAGUGACUCAAUGGAUAAACCAGCAACGCCAGAGAAGGGUUCAGGAGUUCCCAGCGUGCAUUUGGCAGACGCGAGUGUGGUUGGAGCCAACAUGGAACAUGGGGGAAACAGAGAGCCUCAGUGUGGGAGUCAGGAUGGAAAACCACAGGGACUUCCACCCUCCGUCCCCCACCCGCCGACACUUGGAACACUCCGAAAUGACAGAAUAUCAGCAUGCAGUGGAAGAGAGCACGGUUGCCAAGGAGAUGGUGGUCAGCUCGGGGAGACAGCAGACAGAAUGGACAAACAGGCCUUCAACACACAGAUCACCACCAUAUUGUCGGAGCUGGAGGACAACAUGCAGGAUGUGCUGCGCAGACUGACCACACUGGAACAGCUUACAGCAUCACAAGCUGAAAUCUCUCCUUCCAAAACCGGGCUCUCCGACAAACCAAACAAGAGGCUGUCGUGGUGGCCUUUAAACUCGUCCCCCUUCACUGCAGUGCUUACAGUUCUCUGGCCGUUUGCUGUUCAUUUUCUGGUGCAGUUUUACUUACAGAGGAGGAGGAGGAGGUAA